CCCAUUCCAACGCCAAUUCUUCAAUCUGGAGAUUUAAAAGAGAAGAAAUGAAGAAAUGUGAGCUUUGCAACAAGGUGGCAAGAAUGUACUGUGAAUCCGACGAAGCGAGCCUGUGCUGGACUUGCGAUUUGAGGGUCCACACCGCGAACUUCCUUGUGGCGAAGCACACGAGAACUCUUCUCUGCCACGCCUGCCAGUCUCCGACUCCAUGGACUGGCUCUGGCCCCAGGCUCGGCCCCACUGUGUCAGUCUGUGAGGCCUGUGCCAAUGGCCUGAGAGACGAAGAUGAAGAUGAAGAUGAAGAUGAAGAUGACAAAGACAGUGAUAGCGAAAACCAAGUUGUGCCUUUGUCUUUGCCUCCCCCUUUCGCCUCGGCUUCUUCGACUUCCUCCGCCAAGGCAAAAAGAUGAGAUCAUGGAUGUGGUGAUAGCACAAGAUGAAGACAACAACUUUGGCUUAAUUAAUCAUGUUUUUCAUGUGUAUUAUUGACUCAAUGACUUGUUGUAAUAGUUUAGAGCAACCACCAAGAGUGUACUUAAUUUAAUCACUUUAAUGUUAUGCUUAAUUGUUCAAGAAUCCUAAUUACAAGGACUU